GACAUGGCGGAGCUCACAGUUUGAGUAGGGAACGGCAGCGGAGUUUCGAUAGUUUCGGUCGCGCUAAAGUCGCCACAAAAGCAGUUAAAUGGCGAGGAAGAAAGUGUAAACGUGGAUGGAUAUGCUCCGGGUGGAAUUUGCAGGGCAGGAAUGGAAGAAGUGUGUAGAAAGUAAGUGAGCUGGGUGAAAUGUAUGUAGCAUUCGCUGUUUAGUGCAGUCAACAGCCUCAGGCAACAAAUAUGGCUUCGUGUGCCUUUUUACAUUUUCUAAUGAUAAACUGCUGGGUUAAGCCAUUCUGUACCAUGGCACAUACGCUCAAAUCGUACAAGUGACCAUAAUUAACAGAGUUCCUGCUCGGGUACCGGGGCCGCUGUUGGGUUUGAGUCGAGGUCACAGUCUCCGCCGACAUAACAAGAACGUAGCCUAGCCAGUUAGCUAGGGAACUGCGCGGAGUGCAAUGGAGCCGAAGCACAAAGAGUUGUUAGAGCAGUGCCAGCAGAAGUUAGUACAGUCCAUCACUGAUCCUCAGCGCCUCAUCGAGCUCCUGGUCAAGUCAGGCAGCCUGAGUGAGCAGGACAGACAUGAUCUGGACCAGAACUGCUCCUCCAGCUCUGAGAAAGUGGACCAUCUCCUAAAGAUGCUCAUCCAUAAAGAAAGCGAUCAUUUCCUGGCCCUGUGUGUGGCACUGGAGAAGACCUACCCUCACCUGUAUUCUGCCCUGUUCAGCAACGGUGGACAACACGCCGAUCAUUCCGGUUCCACCUACAGUGUCCUGUCGACUAUGCCAUCAGAUUCAGAGAGCAGCAGUUCCCUCAGCAGUGUUGGUACCACAGCCUCAUCACCUCCGCCAGCGCUCAACGACAACCGGCCAGGCAAUGAGAACAUAGACGCCAUCCUGUUCCAACUGAGACAGGUGACCAGGGAACGAGAUGAACUCCGCAAACGGCUUGCCCUCGCCUCUCCCGGCACCACCUUUGAUGACUGCAGGCCGAAUUCCAAAGCUAGUCAUGACUAUGAGCGGCUCAAGACCCAGUGCAUGAAGGCCAUGGCAGACUUGCAGUCUCUGCAGAACCAACACACCAAGACCCUGAAGAGGUGUGAGGAGGCCGUGAAGGAAGCCGACUUCUAUCACAUGCUACACAGUCGUCUUCUGAGUGACCAGUCUCAGCUGAAAGAGGACAUGGAGGUGAUGAGAAGAGAGAAUGCUCAGCUGGUGAGAGAACACAACCAUCUGAAACAGAGCUGUGAGGAGCUAAAGAGACUGCACUCAGAGGACCAGAAAGAGGUGGCUGACCUGAGACUACAGCAACAACAGGUUAUCAGGGAGAACGGCUCAUCAGAGGUCCUAAAACUCUAUGACACUGCAAUGGAUAAGCUGGAGGGGUUGAAGAAAGAGUAUGACAACUUGAGCAAGCGAUACAGCGAGAAGGUAGCCAGCCACAACACUGAUCUGAGUCGACUGGAGCAGGUGGAGGAAGAGAACAGGCGGCUACAGAAACAGAUGGACACUUUGAUGAAGCAGAGGGACAUGGCCAUUCACUACCAACAACAGUACUCUGCUUCUAUCCGAAGGUUUGAUUCAGUGCAGCAGGAACUGAACAAGGCCUCGGCUCAGAAUAAAGAACUGCAGAGAGAGAUGGAGAGGCUUCAGUCGGAGGUGACGCGCUACAAGAACUUCCAGCUGAAGGCGGUGAAGGAUGCGGAGAAGUACAAAGAAGAACGAGACUCUGUGUUUAACGAGUAUAGGCUCAUCAUGAGUGAAAGGGACCAGGUAAUCAAAGAAGUGGACAAGCUGCAGACCGAGCUGGAAGCGGCCGAAGCUCGCCUCAAAAACACCUCGUCGGAAAGGAUGGUGGCCAGCGAGGAGCUGGAAGCUCUCAGACAGGAGCUCAAUUCAUCACUGGUGGAUCGAGACCGAGCUAUCUGUGAGCGCAACGAGCUGCUAGAGAAAUACUGCCAUGAAGUAAAGGAUAAAGCAGAGGCCCAGAAAGAGCUGAGUCAGGCCUGUAAAGACAUUGAAAUGGUGCGUGAGGAACGAGAUGUGGCCAGAAAGGAGAGAACAGAAGCCAUCAUUCAAAGGGACCAGCUGCUGCGGGAGUAUUAUCAGGCCAGACAGAAACAAGACACAGCCACUCUGGACAUGGAGCGUGCCAACAAGGAGAUCGAUGUGUUAAGGAAGCAAUGUGAGGCCAUGUCUCAGGAACUAAAAGAGGCUGUACAGGAGGCCGAGGUAGCAAAGUGUCGCAGAGACUGGGCCUUCCAGGAACGAGACAAGAUAGUGGCGGAGAGAGAAAGCAUACGGACUCUGUGUGAUAACCUGCGCAGAGAAAGGGAUCGUGCAGUUAGUGACUUGGCUGAUGCCCUUCGCAACCUGGACGACAUGCGAAAACAAAAGAAUGAUGCAGUUAGAGAGCUAAAGGAACUCAAGGAGAAAAUAGAAAGCCAGCAGGAAAAAGAGACAGCAUUCUACCCACUGCUGGCACACAGCUCGCACGAUUCAGCCAUAGAUACAGACUCACUGGAGUGGGAGACUGAAGUGGUGGAGUUUGAGAAGGACAGAGAGGACAUGGAUUUGAAGGCACUAGGGUUUGAUAUUGCAGAAGGGGUAAAUGAUCCCUAUUUACCAGGAGAUUGUGGCAUUUUUGUGACCAGGGUGGACAAAGGAAGUAUAGCAGAUGGAAGAUUAAGAGUGAAUGACUGGCUGCUGAAGAUAAAUGACAUGGAUCUUACGAACAAAGACAGGAAACAGGUCAUCAAAGCUGUGCUUAAUGGAGGAGGCGUAAUCAAUAUGGUCGUACGCAGGAGAAAGUCUUUAGGGGGCAGGCUAGUUACUCCUGUCCACAUCAAUCUCAUUGGACACAAAGACAGUGGAAUUGGUCUAGAAGGUGGAGUCUAUGUGACGUCUAUAGCAGCAGGCAGUCCAGCCGCCAGAGAGGGGUCCCUUACCAUUGGAGAUCGUCUUAUUGCAAUAAAUGGAAUUGCUCUGGAUAACAAAUCUGUGACAGAGUGUGAGGCUCUGCUGAGGGGCUGCAGGGAUUCACUCAGUCUCUCCCUCAUGAAGUUCUUCUCACAGAGCACAUCAGGCCACAACAUUUUCGAGAAUCUGAGGGAAACCGAAAAGCCCAAUGGCAGAAUGCACAUGUCCGACCUCCACUCUCGCAACAGCAGGAACCUAAAGCACAACAGUUCCACUCAGACAGACAUUUACAGCAGCGAGAGUGGAAGCGAGAGGAGGAAGCAAAGAGCCGACUCUGAGGAAAGAAAAACCUUCUCUGGCUCCGCUCUGCACCCUAGCAGCCUGUGUGCACGCUACGGUCCCAGCGCCUUCCAGGAGAUCUGCUACAGCCAUGCGGCGUCAACGGUCCCUGACUGCGCUUCACUAGAGCCCACGUCUGACACCAAGCACAGUGGUGGCACCUGGCCCAAAAUGAUGGUGGGGGUUGCAUCGGAAAGCUCAGCUCAGCUGUCCAUCUACAAGUCACCGAAGCAGAGGAAGUCCAUUUUUGAUGUGGAAGCCUUCAAAAGGCCGGACACACCCUCUAAAAUGGAGUACCUAACCAGUCAUUCACCUCAGCCUUCCAAAACUGAAAGUAUGACCGCACCUCCGACCCCACCCACACGCAGCGACUCGUUCAAGUUCAAGCCGAAGCAUCAAGGCAGCUCGGCUUCCGACUCCACCAUCACCGACAGCCAGCAGGAGGAGUGUAACGGCAACCUGUGCUUUACAGACGCUGGGCAUGAAGGCAGGAUGCUCAGCUCGAGAAAGUCAUGUGAGGAGGACAUCGGGCGAACGCGGCCCGACGAGCCCGAGGUUAAGCGGCCGCGGCCCAAAUCGGCUCCAGCUCUCAGGCGCAGGAUGACGCCUCAACUCAACACCCUGCCGAGCUUUCAGAGCUACUCCAACGACGGCGACUGUUUAGAGCAGAGGGAAGUGUUGCGAUCCUCACCCAGUCGACCUUACAGACACAGCGUGGGGUUUGUUCCCACACACUACAACGGAACCCUGCCACCCAAUUCAGUACAUCGAGGCCUGUCCCCCUGCCCAGCAGUGACAGCUGUUAUGAGGAACCCUGUUUACACUGUCCGCAGUCAUCGGGUGCACACCAGCAACUGCCCCUCCGUUGUCAACCAAAUCUGCCAUCAGCACUCGCACACCAGUCCCCAGCAUCAAGGGCGCCUGAGUUUGGACCUUAGCCAGAAACGUUCUGCUGAGUACUCAGAGUCUUCCCGCAGUACCCGAACCUCUCAUGGCACCAACUCUUUGCCAUCCAGUGCCAGACUUGGUUCAUCUGGUAAUGUACAGUAUCGCACAGAAAGGAUAAAAAUCCCUCCCACACUACGGUACCCACGCUCCAUGCUGGGCUCUGACAGAGGCUCUCUGUCCCACUCAGAAUGUAGCAGUCCCAGUCUCAUCACACCACCCCUGUCCCCACUCAACCUGGAGACAUCAUCAUUUGCUUCCAACCAGUCCCAGAAUUCUAUCUCUACAUUACCAAGGAUCUCGGUUAGUCCUGUACCAACGGGAGAUCACAGAAAAGACAGGCCGUACCUGGAGGAGCCGAGGAAUGUCAUCAUACAAAAAGGGGCAGAACCUCUGGGCAUCUCCAUCGUGAGUGGUGAGAAUGGAGGAAUCUUUGUGUCCAAAGUCACUGGAGGCAGUAUUGCUCAUCAGGCAGGCCUGGAGUAUGGAGACCAGUUACUGGAGUAUAAUGGCAUAAACCUGCGUAAUGCAACCGAGCAGCAAGCACGUCUGGUCAUUGGCCAGCAGUGUGAUACCAUCACCAUCAUGGCACAGUACAACCCCCACAUGUACCAGCUGGGCAACCACUCCCGUUCCAGUUCUCGUUUAGAGCCAGUGAGCAGCCGCUCAACUCCUCAGGGCAGCGGAACCAACACACCAGAUAACCACUCCGCAAUCGACACGCUCAGCGAGCAGGACGAAGGCACCCUCACUCCAUCAUCCAAACAGACUACACCCACCACCAGCCCACACAGCUUCAUCAGGAUGUCGUCUAACGGCUGUAAGAAGAUCCCAGAGCCGCGGAUGGUGUGUUUGAGGAAAACCCAGGGGGAGCUGGGUGUUCAGGUCUGCGGGGGCAAUCUAAGGGGAAUCUUUGUGGAGAAGCUGGAUGAGGAUUCUCCUGCCAAGGGAUCAGAUGGCCUUAUGCCUGGAGACAUGAUCCUGGAGUAUAACUCUGUGGUUAUGAAGAGUAAGACUGCAGAAGAAGCAUACCUGGAAAUGCUUAAGCAAGCAGAAACUGUCACUCUUAAAGUCCAGCAUCGUGUGGAUGAAUUCAACCAGCUGAAGGAUACAGCUGGAGAUGGAUUCUACAUCAGAGCACUUUAUGAUCGAGUAGCUGAGAUGGAGCUGGAUCUGUCUUUUAAAAAGGAUGACAUUCUGUAUGUGGAUGACACACUACCAAAGGGCAACUUCGGAACCUGGAUGGCAUGGCAACUCGAUGAAAAUGCACAGAAGAUGCAAAGGGGGCAGAUUCCCAGUAAAUACAUGAUCGAUCAGGAGUUUUAUCGCAGACACAGUAUGACUGAAUUUAAGGAUGAGAAUGGCUCCGGUAAGACGCUUUCCGCAGCUGCACGCAGGUCGUUUUUUCGGAGGAAACAGAAGCAUAAACGCAGCAGCUCCAAAGAUGGCAAAGAUCUGCUAGCCCUGGAUGCCAUUAGCACAGACUCCAUCCCAUUUUUUGAAGACUGUGUGAGCUUGGCCUACCAGAGGGUGCAGAAAAUAGACUGCACAUCUCCUAGACCAGUUCUGCUAUUUGGACCACUGGUUGACCCUGUCAAAGACAUGCUGGUCAAAGAGUCUCCAGGGAAGUUCAGCAAAUGUGUACUUGAGGUGAUGAAAGCCUCUCAGCAAGCUAUAGAGCGAGGGGUAAAGGACUGCCUUUUCAUCGACUACAAACGCAGAAGUGGCCACUUUGAUGUGACAACUGUAGCUUCUAUCAAGGAGAUCACAGAGAAGGACUGUCACUGUUUGCUUGACAUCGCGCCUCACGCCAUCGAACGGCUUCACAGCGUUCACAUUUACCCAAUCGUCAUUUUCAUCCGCUACAAAAACGCAAAGCAAAUAAAAGAACUGAAAGAUCCAGUGUAUCUACGGGAUAAAGUUUCUCAAAAACAUUCCAAGGAGCAGUUUGAGGCUGCACAGAAAAUAGAGCAGGACUAUAGCAAAUUCUUUACAGGUAUCGUCCAGGGAGGCACGUUGCCCUACAUUUGCACUCAAAUCGUGACUAUAGUGGAUCAGGAGCAGAGCAAAGUCCUGUGGACUCCUUUGGGCUCUCCUUAGUUUGGCCGGGACGAUCCGGCCGGCUUACAGCCUCUCUUAUAGGCGUGCUUACAAACACUAUGCUUUACACUCGCACUACACAGAGGUACACUACAGAGAGCAGUGCAGUUAUCUAGUGAUCCUAUUUUUCUGUUAUUAUUCAGUUAUGUUUUAUUUUAACAUUGGUUUCAUUGUAAUGGAGCCUCUUUAUACGUACGUGUGUGUCCGCAGCCUUGAAAAUGCAGGAUUAUAGCACUGAAAUUUUCUUGUUUUCCUUUGGUCUUCCUGAUAAACAUCUAAUGAUUAGUAAUGCUGCAUCUAAGAUACUUGUUUACAGAAGAAUCAGUCCGGGAAUUGUUAUUUAAUGUCUGCUUGAAUGUGUACUCUUCCUUAAUGAAGUCAUAUCCUUUCUCCCUAUGCCCAGCCAUAAUUCAGCCCUAUGUUCCACCCAGUUUUACCAAAAUGGCAUGUGUAUGUAUGUAUCAGUCUACUAUAUCAGUUAAACAGACUAAAAGCUAGAUUAAUAGAAAGCUUGUUUUUAUAAAUGUAAUGAUCAGUUUGAGAUAUAAUGCUUAUGUUUUGGGUUGAAGUGAACAGCGAUUAAGCGUUUUACGGGCCAAAUGGAAGUGCCUUUGGAGAUCUCCUGAGCGUAUGACAAUGGUGUGUUAUGGAGGUGAAAGGCUGGUGUUUAAGACUCCUCAGUUUGUACUCCAGGGCUUGACAGACCACUGUGUUAACAUUCUCAUAGAAGAGAAUAUGUUUAAAAAGAACUGAAAGUAUAACUGUAUUCAUGCAUACAGUUCUGAAGUAGAGAGAGGCACUCACCUACCCUGUAUGUAUGCAAACUAAAUAUAUAGAGCUAUAUAUAAAAAAUAUAUAUAUAUAUAUAUAUAUAAUUAUAUAUUAAAUGUAUUUUGACUAGGCUACUGGCCUAGGGGAGUCAGGCAGGUGUCCAGUCAGGUCUUAUAAAAUAUAAGCAUGUUCAUUUAGUAUCUUUUCUUUUCUUUGUUUGUCUGUUGUUUUAUAUGUAUCCACAGAGAAACACCAUGGAAGGAAGAGCUACAGAGUCUCUUAGGAGAAAUCUGUUUAUAUGUUGGUCAUGUUUUUUUCCCAUAUAUAUUUAAUGUUUUGUUUAUUUAGCAGGUACACUUAACAUAUUUCAGUCAGACCAGUAGCCCCAUCACUUAAUGUCGUGCCAAAAUUCAUUGUCUCUUUCUUUUAUUUCUACUUUGCACUUGCAAUAUUAUGGACCCUAAACCAUAACUGUUCUUAGGCUUCCAGUAGUGAUUGAAAAUAGGUACUAUACUUAUGACUUUAGUGAUUAAUAUUCAUUUAUGUAUCACUCAUGUUCCGUACAUUUCAUUUAUUGCCUUUAUUGUUAAAUUAGAAGAACAGACCAUACGUUAUUUACACUCAUUUAAAAGGGAUGUCUUAUUGCACAUUUUUAAAAAUUAGUCCCAACAUUUACUAUUGGGCUUAAGUUAGGCAUUUUGUUUUGAGCUAUAUUUUUGUUUUUCUGAGCUAGUAGCUUAUGUUUUAAAUGAGUUGGAUUCAGCCAAAAUGGCCUUGUUCUAGACAGAAUGACUAGAUGACAGGUACUGUUAUUUGAUUUUUUUUAUUUUUUUUAUUUUCAAUAUUACAAAUAAAAGUGAUUUGUAUGAAAUGUUAAACACAUUAACAUGAAAAUAAAAGUCAUUUUCUUUAUCACACUA